CCAAUAUGAAAACAGAAGAAUCAAGCUCAUCUUUACCAGUAAAUGAAGCUCAAACACUAAAUCCAGCAUGUGUAGGAAGCAAAUCAUCUACUGGAAGUUCUGAAAGCUCCAUGGCUGGCAGCCCUGAUACAGAGUCACCGGUGUUAGUGAAUGAAUAUGAAGCUGGUUCUGGAAAUAUAAGUCAAAAAUCUGAUGAAGAUGACUUUGUGAAAGUUGAAGACUUGCCCCUUAAACUUACGGUGUAUUCAGAGGCAGAUCUAAUGAAGAAAAUGGCAACAGAGUCUCACACCAGCAAUUUGUGUGAUGAAUUACUCGAUGGUGGUGUAGCUCAAGAUCAAGAAUUAGUAGGAGAUGCCCAGACUCUGAAGGAACCUGACACUGUUGGAGUUCAAAGUGCAUGAGAAUGGUCUGCAGAUACCUGCAUAUUUAUACUCCGUGUAUACAAUACAAAUGCCUAUAGAAGAUCAGCACUAACUUACCAGAAUUCUGAAUGUGUAUAAACAUGUAAAUUAGUUUUUGACACUCUGCCUUAGGGAUAGGUAUGUUAACUUCUGCCUGUGGCAGUUUAAACAGCUGGAACUGAGUCUCCUUCUCAGUCUUGCUGUUCUUCUGUCUUGAUCUUUUUAAUUUUUU